AUGGCUCUGCAACCAGGAGGACAGAAGACUUUCAAUAACGUGCAAGAUAAACUUUCCAAUGGACCUCAUGAUACAAAAUUAACAUUUUCACCCUCAAGAAAUGAUACUGAUAACUCGUAUAUUAAUACAGUACCAGCUCUUGCUCAAACACCCACUCCUACUUAA